CCCGCCGCUUUCCUCCUUGUCUCCGUCUGUUGGUUCCGGCCUCAACCUAGCGGCCGAGCGCCAUCUUGGAGGAAGUUGUUUCCCGGGAAUCGGCGGUGUGUGACUCUCGACUGGCGAGGCACUUUGUACCAGAAAAUUGCCAGUAAUGGUGGAUUCCACGGACCAAAAGCCCAAUUGUAUAUCAGCAGGACAGAGUGACAAUGAAAGUAAUGUGGAUACCUCCUUGAGAGAAGAGAAAGCUAAAGAAGAAUUGAAAGAUGUAACUGAAGAAUGUCCAGCUGGAGUUUCUCUGCAACUGUGGAAAAAAUUCCAGGAAUUGAAAGAUAGAAGGAGUUCCAUAAGUAAAGCCACUUCUAAGAAGAAGAGACAACGGAAGCGAAAAGCUGCUGGUACAGAAGACCUGACAAAAGUAGAAACAAAUGAUGAGAAAUCUUCCAUUAAAAUGAAGAAACUCGAGCAAGAACAGAAAAUUGAGAAUAAAAGUGAUGUGUUGCAUGCCCGAGAGUCACAUUGGAGUGAACUAAAACAAUAUUUUGGAACAAAUGACAGAUUUGAGAUUCCUGCAUGUAGUGCACCUCCUUUAAAGACAAAUUUAGAGAAAAACCUUGACAAGGCCAUUGCUACAGGGGACAUAGAAGAAGCAGAGAAGCUGAGUGACAGCCUAGCUGUUCGUGGGCUGGGUGUGAAAAUUGCCAAGGCCAUCAAAUGUCGUGAUUUUGCAAAAGUCAAACAAGAGACUGAAGCUUCUCAGCAGGCCCAAAAGAAGAAGCAACUUGCUUGGGGAUUUGAGGCGAAGAGAAGAUGGGAGACAAAAAGUAACAUGGGCUACAUGUGAUGCCAUGACACCAUAUGAAAAUGAAGUGGCCAAUGAAAUGUAUUGAAACAAGUUCUCUGCUGAAUCACUUGACCUGGACUUGCACUUUAAAUCCAAUCUGGAUGAAGUCAUCUGAAAGCACUUUACAAGAGCGUAACAAUGGCUGUGUCCUGCUGUUUUCAUAACUACGCAUUAGCUGGUUGUGAAUGACCAGCCUUCAGUGUCUAAAAUUUGAACACAAGUCAAGGAGAUUGGAUGAAAAUUUUGAUGUAAAUAAAUAAUUUUGAGCAAGCCCUGGCAUACCUCCUGAUGGAACAAUUAUGUACAACAGCGUACAGUGUUUCAGCUUGUAAUCCUACAAGCUGAAACACAGAGUGCUCUAUUUAUACCAGGAAAGCUAUAAAUUCAAAAGUCCUCAGAUUUGCUGUCAUUUGGAAGCUGCUACCUUUGUAAGGUGAACUUUAUUUGUUCUUGCGCUGCUGUAUCAUCAAAAUCCUAUCUGAGCAAUGAAAAACAAAUAUACUCUGGGCCAACUUCCACCUUUCCACGCCCCCAUCUUUCGGUUUAAGUCACAUUCACGCGGCUCAAAGGGUCACUGUGCUACAGUUUAACUGGCAGACAAGCUGUGGGGGAUAUAUUUGUAUUAUUUAAUUGCUCCAAUGUUAGCCAUCUGUUGAUAGCAUUCAGUAUUUCAGCAGGAUCAGGAUUGAACAGAAUUCAUAAUCUCAGUCUUGUGUGACAUCAUCACAUUUUUUGAUCUGAUUUCAUUUUUGACAAUAUCCUAUUUGCUUGUAAAUUAGAAGCAACAGAUUGCAUAUGUAGACUGCAUCAUUUAGGUAUUUUACUAAACCAGAUGUCUGAUAACUACUUUGAGAGGCUUUACUUGCCUCGAAUCUAGAUGUAUUCUGUCAAAAUUGAAAUGAUUAAAUUCAUAUGGAUUUAUUAAGGUGUGGAAUACUGAUGAAAAAUAAAAUGAAAUAUUUUCA